UUAUGUAAUUAUGUUUAAAUUGUGAUGUUUCGAAUAAUGAAUAUAAUUUCAUUAACAGCAUUCCUAGUAUUUAUUCUGAUUAAUGUGAUUUAUAGUGAAAGUUAUAGAAUUUUAGCUAUAUUCCCUUAUAAUGGGAAAAGUCAUGAUAUAAUGUUCAAUGCUCUAAUGAUGGGUUUGGCAGAAAAAAAUCAUCAAAUCGACGUUAUAACACAUUUUCCUCCAAAAAAUCCACCACCUAAUUAUAAGGUUAUAGUAAAUUUAAAUGGUAGUUUAGAAAAUGUUCAGAAUAAUUUAUCAGUCGAUUUUGUUACUACAUUAUCAAGUAAUACAACCAAAUUAAUUGUUUCAAAAUUUGGUAAUAGAAUAUGUCAAUUACUUGGUUUGGAAGCAAUUCAAACAUUGGUUAAAAAUCCACCAAAUAAUCCACCAUAUGAUCUUGUUAUCACAGAAGCAUUUGCAGCUAAUUGUUAUAUGGGAUUUGGUUAUCUUUUAAAUGUACCAGUCGUUCUCGUCAGUUCAACGAUUGAAUAUCCAUGGAUUAAUCAUUAUAUUGGAAAUAUGGAUAAUCUAGCUAUUGUAUCAUACUCUUUCCUAACAGACUUUGAUAAAUUAAAAUUUUGGGAUCGUUUAAAAAAUGUUUUUUUUUAUCAUUAUGAUUUGUACAUAUUUCAUACAAUGACAGAAAAGAUUCAAACAGAAUUAAUGAGAAAAUUUUUAAAUCCAAAUAUCCCUAAUAUACGCGAAGUGGAAAAAAGCGCUGCUUUAAUUUUAGUAAAUAGACAUCCUGUUAUAUAUAAUGCAAAGCCAGUAACUUCAUCAUUAAUAGAAGUUAGUGGCUUACAUAUAAAAAAAAAUAAUACAAAACUAUUUCCAGAAUUGCAAACUUGGUUAGAUGAAGGAAUUAACGGAGUAAUUUAUUUUACAUUUGGAUCAAUGGUACUUAUCGAAACAUUGCCAAUAAAUAUUAUAACGGAUUUUUAUAAAUCAUUUUCUAAACUAACAUCUAUUCGAAUAUUAAUGAAAAUUAAUGAUAAAAGUAAAUUACCAGAAGGUUUACCAAAAAAUGUUUUAUCAUAUCCAUGGAUACCGCAACAAGCUGUAUUGGCUCAUAAAAAUGUUCGUGUUUUCAUAACUCAUGGUGGAUUAAUGGGUUGUCAAGAAGCAUUAUUUUAUGGUGUACCAAUGAUUGGUAUUCCUUUAUUUGCUGAUCAGUUAUCAAAUAUAUUAAAAUUCGUUGCAAAAAAUAUGGCAAUUAAGAUUAAUUAUAACAAUCUUACAAUGAUAUCUAUAGAUGAAGCCUUAUAUUCAGUCUUAAAUAAUCCAAUUUAUAGAGAUAAUGCUAAAUUGUAUUCUAAAAUAUUUAAUGAUCGACCAAUGAAUUCUAUGGAUACAGCUAUAUUUUGGAUUGAAUACAUAAUUAGAAAUGGUCCGAAUAUUUUGAAAUCACCAGCCUUAAAACUAUACUGGUGGCAACUUGCCUUACUUGACGUAUAUGGAUUUAUAUUGUUUAGUUUAGUUUUUAUUGUAUUUUUUAUAUUCUGUAUUAUAAAAAUUUUAUUAGCACAACUAUACAGCUUGAAAAAAGAAAAAAUACAGUAA